GUUUGUUUUUGCCUUAACAUAAAUUUACAUCUUUAAAGGUAUAUCUGUCAACAGUAUCUCAUCAUGUUUGGUGAUUUGGAGGAAGGGGAGAGUUGGGCAAGAUGCCCUCUUCCCCAGUUUAUAUACUGCCUCAUAUGUAUCUUCCAGGGUGUGAUAGGUAUACAGCUGGUUGUUACCAUGGUGAUGGCCAGUGUCAUGCAGAAGAUUAUACCUCACUAUUCUCUUGCUCGAUGGCUACUCUGUAAUGGCAGUUUGAGGUGGUAUCAACAUCCUACAGAAGAAGAAUUAAGAAUUCUUGCAGGGAAACAACAAAAAGGGAAAACCAAAAAAGAUAGGAAAUAUAAUGGUCACAUUGAAAGUAAGCCAUUAACCAUUCCAAAGGAUAUUGACCUUCACCUAGAAACAAAGUCAGUUACAGAAGUGGAUACUUUAGCAUUGCAUUACUUUCCAGAAUACCAGUGGCUGGUGGAUUUCACAGUGGCUGCUACAGUUGUGUAUCUAGUAACUGAAGUCUACUACAAUUUUAUGAAGCCUACACAGGAAAUGAAUAUCAGCUUAGUCUGGUGCCUGCUUGUUUUGUCUUUUGCAAUCAAAGUUCUAUUUUCAUUAACUACACACUAUUUUAAAGUAGAAGAUGGUGGUGAAAGAUCUGUUUGUGUCACCUUUGGAUUUUUUUUCUUUGUCAAAGCAAUGGCAGUGUUGAUUGUAACAGAAAAUUAUCUGGAAUUUGGACUUGAAACAGGGUUUACAAAUUUUUCAGACAGUGCGAUGCAGUUUCUUGAAAAGCAAGGUUUAGAAUCUCAGAGUCCUGUUUCAAAACUUACUUUCAAAUUUUUCCUGGCUAUUUUCUGUUCACUCAUUGGGGCUUUUUUGACAUUUCCUGGAUUACGACUGGCUCAAAUGCAUCUGGAUGCCCUGAAUUUGGCAACAGAAAAAAUUACACAAACUUUACUUCAUAUCAACUUCUUGGCACCUUUAUUUAUGGUUCUGCUCUGGGUAAAACCAAUCACCAAAGACUACAUUAUGAACCCACCACUGGGUAAAGAAAGUAUCCCUUUAAUGACAGAAGCCACAUUCGAUACUCUGCGACUCUGGUUAAUAAUCCUGCUGUGUGCUUUGCGGUUGGCCAUGAUGCGUAGUCACCUGCAAGCUUAUUUAAAUUUAGCCCAAAAAUGUGUGGAUCAGAUGAAGAAAGAAGCGGGGCGAAUAAGCACGGUUGAGCUACAGAAAAUGGUGGCUCGAGUCUUUUAUUAUCUUUGUGUCAUUGCACUGCAGUAUGUGGCGCCUCUGGUAAUGCUGCUUCACACAACUCUGCUUUUGAAAACACUAGGUAAUCAUUCCUGGGGUAUUUAUCCAGAAUCUAUCUCUACCUUACCAGUGGAUAAUAGUCUACUGUCCAAUUCUGUUUACUCUGAAUUACCAUCAGCUGAAGGGAAAAUGAAGCAUAAUGCAAGGCAAGGCCCAGCCGUUCCACCCGGCAUGCAAGCUUAUGGAGCAGCCCCCUUUGAAGAUCUCCAGGUAGACUUCACAGAGAUGCCAAAGUGUGGAGAUCUUAUUCCUAGAUUUGGACUGCCCUUAUGGAUCGGCUCAGAUAAUGGGCUGGCGUUUGUGGCUGACUUGGUACAGAAGACGGCAAAGUGGAAAGGACCCCAGAUUGUCGUCCUGACCACUCCCACCACUGUGAAGGUAGAGGGAAUCCCAGCCUGGAUCCACCACAGCCAUGUAAAACCUGCAGCGCCUGAAACCUGGGAGGCAAGACCAAGCCUGGACAACCCUUGCAGAGUGACCCUGAAGAAGACAAGCCCUGCUCCAGUCACACCUGGAAGCUGACUGGUCCACUCAUGGCCGAAGCAUGAGGAAGUUCAUCGUGGAACUCAUUUUUUUAAAUUUUGGACUUGUACAGUAAGGACUUCAACUGACCUUCCUCAGACUGAGGUAGGGUUAAAAAAAAAAAAAAGUUAAAAUAGUCUUUUUGUUUGAAAGGGACUUGUGUGUAUAAUGCCACCCAGUACAAGGUAUGCAGCCCAGGAAGUGACCAGACUGAUGUGUGCUAUAACCCAUUAGAACUACUUAAUCCCUGUUGGAAAACAGGAGAGUAUGUAACUCUAGGAGUCAAUGGAACUGGACUGGCAGGAAGACCUGGGUAGUGUAGAUGAGAGUGAGAACUCCCACUAGUGAGUGAGGUUCUCAAAGGGGGGAAUGAGGAGAGAAGCCAUUUCUCUUACUGUCUCCUGUCUCUGAAGAGGAGGGGGAAGUAAAAGUUGAAAAACAAGAAGAAGGAAGUCAGUGGCAAGACCAGCCGGUGCCACUGAUGACCCGGCCUGAGGUUAAAAGAUUAACCACCCCCCCCAACUCUAACCACAUGUGCUCUCAAUCCAUCAGACCCUUUCACAUGGAACCCCUUAGAGCUGUAAGCCAUUAAAAGGGUCAGGAGCUCUGUCUUUGGGGAGCUCAGCUCUUAAGAUGCGAGUCUGCUGACGCUCCCAGCUGGAUAAAAAACCUAUUCCUUCUUUAAUCCAGUGUCUGAGGAGUUUUCUCUGCGGCUCGUCCUGCUACAAUUCCACUUUCUUCUGCCUGCUUUAUUUUAUCCUUUAUACUUUUUGUAUCCUCAGUCCAAUCAAGUUGACACUCAAUAUUAACCAUCACAACCACAUUCUGGGCCAUUCAAAUAAAAAAUAGAUUAAGAAAUGUAAAAAUACUGAAAUUAUUUGUAAUGUUUUUCUGAUCACCAUGGAAUUAAGCUAGAAAUGAUCAAAAAGACGGCCAGGCACACUGGCUCAUUCUUGCAAUCGCAGCACUUUGGGAGGCUGAGACGGGUGGAUCAUCUGAGGUCAGGAGUUUGAAAUCAGCCUGGCCAACAUGGUGAAACCCUGUCCCUACUUAAAAAAAAAAAAAAUACAAAAAUUAGCUGGACAUGGUGGUGCACACCUGUAAUCCCAGAUACUCAGGAGGCUGAGGCAGGAGAAUCGCUUGAACCCCUGGGAGGCAGAGGUUGCAGUGAGCUGAGAUCAUGCCGCUCUACUCCAGCCUGGGCAACAAGACUGAAACCGUGUCUCCAAAAAAAAGUAAAAAUACUGAAAUCAUUUGUAAUGUUUUCUGACCACCAUGGAAUUAAGCUAGAAAUGAUAAAGAGAACAAAAUUUCAACUGCCUUAAGUUUAAGCAUUCUAUUUCUAUACAGUUCAUUGUUUAAAGAGCAAAUGAAAAGAAACUAUGAAGUAUUUUGAAACGUAAAGAACAUGACAUCAAAUUUUGAUGCUAUUUAACCCAUUGUAGAACAAAAUUUAAAGUUUCCCAUUCAAGAAGCUAUAAGAGAUCAUCAAACCUAAGGAAAGUAGAAUUAAAGGAAUAAUUCAGCAAAAAACAAUGAAAUACUACACAAAUGUAUAAUAGAGAAAAUUAAUAAAGCUAAAAAUGAUUGUUCCAAAAGAUUAAUGAAGUUGAUUAUAUUCUUACCAAAAUUGGUUCAAGGAGAAAUAAAGUUAAAAACAGUAACCCAUAUCAAUGCCAAUUAAAAAACAGUAAUCAAAAUAUGAGAUGACUACAGACAUUUAAAAAGUAAGAAUACAAGCAAUGAACACUUGAAAAAUUAGUAAUUCUUGUUACAGUAGUGUCAAAAAGCAAGUUAGAAGUAGCUUUUUACCAACAUGUAUAAGACGUGUACACUGAAAUCUACAAAAUGUUAAGAGAAAUUCAAGUAGACAUAAGUAAAUGAUAUGUUUCACAUGAAUGUAUUGGAAGACUCAAUGUUGUAUAAAUGUUAUAUAAAUUAACACAAAUGUUAUAUAAAUUCAACACAAUCCAAAUAAUAGUUUCACCAAAUUCAAAUAAAAAUUUUCUAUCUGAUCUUAAAUUUAUAUGGAAAUGUGAAGUACUUAGAUUGUCCAAAGUAUUUUGCAAUGGAAAAAGUUAGGAUUUGAAGAUUUACUAUAAAGCGACGUUGUGGUUCUGCCAUAAAGACAGACAAAUGGAUCAAUGAAAGAGAGAGCUGAGAAAUAGUCUCAUACUUACACACUCAUUUAAUUUUUGACAAAGGUGUCAAAGCAGUACAAUGGGGAAAGGAGAGUCAUUGCAACAACUGGUGCUAGAAUAAUUGGAUGUCCACAUUUUAAAAAAAUGAACCUCAAUCCCCACCUCAUACUGUACACAAGAAUCAAUUCAAGAGCCAAAUGUAAAAGCUACAACAUAGUUUGGCAAUUAGUGGUGGAUAUAGAUUUCUUAGGACACAAAGUAUUAACCAUAAAAUUGGUUUUUUGUUGUUGUUGUUGUUUGAGACAGAGUCUCACUUUGUUGCCCAGGCUGGAGUGCAGUGGCACAAUCUCAGCUCACUGCAACCUCUGCCUCCUGGGUUCAAGCAAUUCUCCUGCCUUAGCCUCCUGAGUACAAGCGUGUGGCUAAUUUUUUUUUUCAGUAGAGACGUUUCACCAUUUUGGCCAGGCCUCGAACUCCUGACCUCAGCUAAUCCACCUGCCUUGGCCUCCCAAAUUGCUGGGAUUACAGGUGUGAGCCACCGCACUUGGCCCCCAUAAAAUUGUUUUUAAUAAUAAAAGAUUUCAUAGAAAUUAAAAACUUAUGCUCAUCAAAAAAAGGAAAUAGACAUGUUACAACUUGGAAUAAAAUACUUGCAAAACGAGACAAAAGACUGGAAUCAGGAUAUAUAAAGAAUUUAAAAAGAUUAGGAAAUGGGUGAGACAUUUGAAUAGGCACUUCACAGUUGACCAUUAAGCACAUGAAAAAGUGUUCAACCUCUAGCAAUUCGAUUAUGAUGAUCCUUGGUAUCGUUUUAUGUUUCUUAUUACUUGGGUUCAUUCAGGUUCUUUGAUCAUUGGCUUUUUAUUUCAGGCCAUGUUAAAGGCUGACUAGUUUUUCCUCCUGAGGAAAGAGGAGAAAUUUGAUUGCAAUGCAUCGUUGGAUUUUACAAUUUUCUUGACAUCUGUUUCUGCAAAAGAAUGUGUUUAAAGGGUGUUAUAUUCUUAAAAGUGCCUAGGAUGGCUACAUAAAAUGUUUAGUAAAAGCACUGCCUGUAUAAAAACAUGUAAGACCUUUCAGUUACAUACUCAGACAUGUGGAGUAAACUUGAUACUAUUAAUAGUUUUCUUUGACUCUUUAUAGGUGUCGAUUUUGCUUGAGAAUAUUGAAGGUCUUGACAGAAGUUGUGGAUUUCAGUUUUAACAAAUGCGUUUUAAGUGGAAGAGCAUUUUCCUGGUCUUGUCCCUCCAAUUUGAGAAUUAGAAGUGCCAUGUUUAUGAUUAUUCAGCUGUAUUUGUUGCUAACUUGUAAAGCAAUACAAACAUUUUUUGGUCUGUUUGACUGAAUUUGUCCCACAACUCCUUGUUGCUCUGUUCAUUUUUUUCCAGGUUUCUUUUUCUUUCUGUGUUUUAUUUUGGAUAGUUUUUAUUGCUAUGCUAUGUUUUCAAUUUGUCUUUUUAUUUUUGGCAGCAUCCUGUCUGGUACUUAACUAAUUCAGUGAAAUUUUCAAUCUCAGACAUUUUAAAAAACCUUUAGAACUAAGUUCAAAUUGAGUCUUUAAAAAUACGUUUAUGCUUUCCUCUACUUUCUUGAACAUAUAAAAUAUAGUUAUAAUAGCAGA